AUGGCGGUGUGUAUAGCUGUCAUCGCUAAAGAGAACUAUCCACUGUACAUCCGAAGUGUUCCUACUCAAAAUGAGCUGAAAUUUCACUACACAGUCCACACGUCCCUGGAUGUGGUGGAGGAGAAGAUUUCAGCUGUGGGCAAAUCUAUUAGCGACCAGAGGGAGCUGUAUCUGGGUCUGCUCUACCCGACUGAAGACUACAAAGUAUAUGGCUAUGUAACAAACUCAAAAGUAAAAUUUGUCAUUGUUGUGGAUUCAUCGAAUACGUCACUACGAGAUAAUGAAAUCAGAAGUAUGUUUAGGAAAUUGCACAACUCUUUCACUGAUGUCAUGUGCAACCCCUUCCACAACCCUGGAGAUCUGAUUCAGUCAAAGGCAUUUGAUGGCAUAGUCUCUGGGAUGAUGGUCUCAACUGCUUGA